AUGGAAUAUUAUGAAAAUAGGAAGAAAAAGCGUAAACUACAUUCUGAACAAGCAUCAAAUGAUAAUGAAUUACCUGAUAUUAUUUCUUCAUUUCCACUUCAUAUCGAUUUAAAAUCAAAAGUAACAACAAAUGUAGAAAAUAAUUGUUUAUUAGAAAAACAAACAGAAGAAAAUGAUACGGAAUAUCAAGAUAAUCUUGACAAUAUAAAUCAAAUAGAAAAUAUCAAUAUAGAUGAUAAUGAGAUCACUAACAAGUCAUCUGAUUGUUUAGAAUGCUGGAAUGAUGUUGAAAUUAAUCAGGAAAAUUUAUUACAUUAUUAUACCAACAUUUCAACCAAAGAAUUUUGUUCAAAACUAUUAACUUUAUUAAGGAAUUCUAAUACUUGUAAAUCCCACGCGAAUCAUUUAUUAUCAUUUAUUAGUUCAAUACUUCCAACACCAAAUAAUGUACCAAAGACAAUGAAAAAUCUUUUAAAUCAAUUAGAAAUAGAAAAUAAUAAUUUCAAGAAAUAUAUAUUAUGUACAAGUUGUAAUGAUUAUGUAUCACUUGAGAAAAAAAUUUGUUUCAAAUGUUCAUCCAAUGAUUCCAAAACGUUUGCUUUUAUUUACGAUAUGAAUAUAGAAGAAUAUAUCAGAAACAUUUAUAUACGAUUGAAGAUAGAAAUCGAUCAAUAUCGAAAUCAACUUCGGUUAAUGAAUGAUAAAGAUAAAACUAAUGAUAUAGGAUUUAAUAAUCUUUAUCAACAACUAUUGAGAGAUAAUUUGAAUGAUAAUUUUAUUACAUUUUUAUUACAUCUUGAUGGUAUUAAUUUAUCAAAAUCAUCUAAUAUGAAAAUGUGGUUGUUUUCUGGUUCAAUAAUUGAAUUAAGACCUCAACUACGAAAACAUCGUUAUAACAAUGUUCUUUUUUCUUUUUGGUUUAGCGAUCAAGAACCCAACGUAAAGAUUUGGUUACGAGAUUGCGCAAAUUUGAUCAAACUGAUAAAAAUGAAAGGUCAGAUAUAA